AUGUGGACCUGCUGUGAGGCGAUAAGGAACGCCAAAACCACUCUUGUCGUGAUCAGCCUUGAGCUCAGUUCGCAGUCAACCGCGGGACAUCCGGGGGAGCGUGAGGACACAGACACAGCUGAAGCUCAGAGGGUUCCUGAUCGCAGAUACAAAGCUCUAUCAUCGGCGCCGCGCUUGCUGAAGUCAAUCAGGGGACAGUGGAGAUUGUCGGCAGAGAUGGGCAGGAUUCUGCGUCGUCAUGGGGACAUGGCCGCUGCUGAUAAUUGGGCGUGGGACUCAGCGGCAACACAGCAACACGGCCUUAGUAAUGAGAUUAAUGAUGUUGUGUUAGGUCUUGUUUCACCAAGGAGAGGAUUAUCUCCUAACAGCCCUCCUAAGGUGAAGGAAAGGACAAUUACUCAGACACAGAUUCAUCAGAGCCACUCGCUAUUCAGCCUGAGCUUGAAAUGA